GUUGAUUACUUUCGGAGUGGAAUUAUUGCUUCCAUUAAGUAGUAUUAUUAAUGAGUGCUAAUCUUCCCAGGACGCGGAAGAAUGGUUUUCAGUGGCCAUGGCACAUUUACCAAGUGUGCUCAUGGCUAUUAUACGUUAUUAUUGUGGUUUUUGGCAUUGUUCUCUUUGGACAGCUAUUUCCAUGGAGAAAUUGUGGUUGGUAUAUCGGCAAUUGUGACAACCUGGAUCGAUCCUGCAGACCCGAUGAAAGAAACCAAUAUUGGACGUGGACAUUAUUGCUAUUUAUGUAGGAGACGGGUGAAAUCUUCUACAGAGCAUUGUUCUCCUUGUAAUAAGUGUGUUGAAGAAUUCGAUCAUCACUGCAAAUGGUUAAAUACGUGUAUUGGGAAAAGAAAUUAUAGACCUUUCUUCUGUAUUCUAGUAUCUCUUUGUGCUCUUUGCUUUUUUCUGAUCGUGGUGUCUUUCAUCAUAAUAAUCCUUUAUUUUGUGGAAGGAGAAUUGAUAGAUAAACUCUUAGCAACUCUUUUCUGGUCAAAUUUCUCGCCAGUGUGCUACCUCGUCGCUGUCAUCAUAUACUUGAUUCUGAACAUCAUGGUCCUUUAUUUGACGAUGGACCUGCUCAUCUUCCACAUUCGUCUCUACAUAGAAGGCAAUACGACAUACUCACACUUUAUGCAGUUAGAAAAGGCCAAGAAGGAGCAGGAGAUGCAGGAGCGCGCCAAUUCCAUCGAAAAGAACGAAAAGAACGAAAAGAACGACCAAUCCAAAGUCUCUAUCAGCACUCCUCACCCCUUCAAUUCUGCUCAGCCAACUUUCGCAGCGCAGCCUUCGCAGUCUUCGCAGCCCUCACAGGCAAUCCAGGUGACGCAAAGGGUCAAGACGACUUCGUCCAGCGCGCCCGUACAGCCCGUGUUUUCUGUCCGUUUCUCCGCUACCAAGCCCUUGCAGGAUACAGACACGUCCUCGAGCGACGCUUGCGUGGUGAUCGGAGCCAUCCCGACGCCAACUCCCUCGAAGUCGGACGUGCCGCUCAUGACGCCCUCGUCGACGCCCUCGUCGUCAUCCUCGUCGACAUCCUCGCCGUCGCGAUCUACUCACAGCAUCGUCGCUCAUCCCUCAGCAGGCCACCGGACCGGCUCCAAUCUCUCGGGAAGCGCUGGGAGACGGUUCAGUAACGAAAUCCCGCUGCGUCCGGAAGACUCGGAGUUCCAUCGAGGCCCCGCGGAGUCGUUCAGCUCUGCGUGGAUGGAGUCGGAUACGGAUUACCAGCCGGGGAUGAACAUCCGUGUGCAGCGAUGGACCUUUGAUUCCACGGACUUGCCGUCCACGCAGUCGUCGUACAUGCAGCAGUUCUCGAACGGACAUAUCGAGCCUUGGUCCACGACGGAUAUGAGGGGCUUCGCGGACCCGCCGCACUUGAACAGCGUGGACUCGCAGCAUAUGGGCAACCCUGCGGAGCUUCGAGCGAAUACGAUCUCUCCCAAGUUCUUGGACGCUCUGUCGGACAACACACCGGACAGCGAGCUGAAAAUCACCUAGUUAGUUGUGCUUUCGAGUGUUUUAGAAUAAACAUGGA